CUCGUGGUUGCAUUCUGUCAAGUCUUGUAUCAGCGGUGUCGCCGCGUGGACGUCACAGUCGCCAUGGACGAUGCAUUAAGUUGGGUUCUCCUUCCUGGAAUUGGACUGUUCUUUGGACUCAGUGUAUGGGCAUAUGUGUGUCUCCGGGGUGAACUGGUCGGACAAGGGCAGAAUGGCUCCGAAUCCUCGGCCGGAUCCGAGACGAGAAAGCAGUUCUUCACACUCUUGCUUCUGUCGGCUGGUACACGCUUUGUCAGCCUCUCUGUGGAUAUGCUAGCUGUGUCCUUGACUCCAGACGCCACUUCUGAGGCGGCAUUGAUCUCGGACGACGCCAACACCUACGCAUGGCUGUCUUCGAUCGUGUCGCUACUCCCCGCGCUCUUCUUUGUGUCGACGUACUCGCUCUUGAUCUUGUUUUACGCGCAGCUGUGCACUGCGGCCGUGUACACAUCGAGCAUCCCCGUGCACAAAGGCAUCUACGUGAUCUGCAACCUGCUGCUAUACCUGGGCUUCCUCGUCCUCUUGGCUCUCUGCACGACGUCGUCCAUGUUCUGGCAGUGGACGCAGGGCAUCCUCGGCGCGUUCUACUUCCUCGGACUCCUUGCCGUGCUGUACUACUCGCUCCAGCUCAUCUUGUUCUUCAAAACGAGUCACCCUGACGACGAAUUCUUCUUCGAUAUGCAUCUGCAUCGUGGGCUCACGCCACGGCAAAUCGUCAUUCAGCGGAUCAUGUGGGUAUGCAUCAUGUGUUGCAUUCUGUUCUGCGGUCAAAGCGUCUACCUCGUUGGCAUCGCCACUGGACUCGUGCCGUCGAUCCAUUAUCGGACUCCCGCCGGGGUGUCACCGUACGCGUUUGAAGUGGGUUUUUAUAUUGUAACGGAAUUCCUCCCCUGUGCGCUGCUGCUAUGCUUCACCCGACGGAACCCCCUCAACGACAACCCCCCCCACAAACUGGCCGAUCAUUUGGACCAUAGUCUUCUACUCCCUGAGGCCAGCGGAUCCAACCGCCCUGACGAAGCAUCGUACCUGUAUCAGAAUCCACCCCGGCCGUAUUUUCCGCGAAACAACAGCAGCGGCGUCUUUGACCGAUCUCCCGCCGCGGCAUCAGCCACCAAGUCGGCGUCGUUUGUCUAACUUAACGAGAUGUUUGUUUGCCUGUCAAGAA